AUGUGCUUGAAUUUGUUUGCAUCUUCGUCAGCUUAUUCGUUUGCAGACUAGAAAAAUGGCGAACAGCCAUCAAAAUACUAAUUCAAAAUACACAUCUUCCACUGGACACACAAAUGGGUGCGCGCAGCAAAAUUCAGUCCUAAUGGCAAAUGUGUGGGAACGUUCACCGGGGGAAGAGGUAUGGGACGACAGCUGGCAUGGCAUCCAGACGGUAAUCUGGUGGCAUCCAGACGGUAAUCUGGUGGCUUUAGCAUUAAAUUGUAACCGCGCUAAGAUAUUUGACAUAGCUGAAGGCGAGAUAAUGCAGUGCAUUCGUCGCCGGAGAAUGAUGUUGCAUUUCACCCAAGUGGAAAUUUCUUGGUGA